AUGAUCCUCUUCGGCGAAGGCGCACGAACCACCCUGGAGGGUCAACCCCUCAGCCUGACGAUGCCGGAUCGGGAUUUGCAGACUAGUCGGCUAGCAAAUGAGAUGGCGGGAGAUGCCUCGGUGGAGGCCGGAAAUCAUUCCCGAUGGAAGCUGGGCCAGCGGCAAGGCAGUCGUCGUCAGUGCAGAAUCAAUAACCGGGUCGUGCUCGACGGUGCAGUCGAGAAGAGAGCGUGA